AUGUCUGUGCUGUCUGUGUCUCGUGUUUACACGGACGCGUUGGCCACCAAACCCCAGGCGUUCUGGGACUAUGAGAGCACGAACGUGAAAUGGAACUCUCAGGAGAAGUACGAGGUGGUCAAGCGUUUAGGCCGGGGCAAGUACCUGGAGGUGUUUUUGGGUGUCGACAUCACCACGGGCGACAAGCUCGUGAUCAAGGUGUUGAAGCCCGUCAAGCGCAAGAAGAUCAAGCGGGAGAUUCUGAUUCUCAAGAAUUUGGUGGGCGGGCCCAACAUCAUCAACAUCUUGGACAUGGUGCGCGAGCCCCAGCUGAAGACCCCUGCCUUGGUGUUUGAGUACGUCGACAACACCGACUUCCGUACUUUGUACCCGACCUUCACCGACCACGACAACCGCUUCUACAUGUUCGAGCUCUUGCGUGCGUUGGACUACUGCCACUCCAUGGGCAUAAUACACCGUGACGUGAAGCCGCAGAACGUGAUGAUUGACCACGGCGCCAAGCAGUUGCGCCUUAUCGACUGGGGGUUGGCCGAGUACUACCACCCGGGCACAGAGUACAACGUGCGUGUCGCGUCGCGUUACUUCAAGGGCCCCGAGUUGCUCGUGGACUUCCGCUUGUACGACUACUCCCUCGACAUGUGGUCCUUUGGCUGCAUGCUCGCGUCCAUGGUCUUCAAGAAAGACCCCUUCUUCCACGGCAAGUCCAACACUGACCAAUUGGUGCAGAUUGUGCGUGUGCUUGGUCUGGACGACCUUCACAGCUACCUCCAGAAGUACAACUUGACGCUUAGCGAGGAGUACGAGGACUUGGGCUACUACAACCGCCGCCCUUGGAAGCGGUUUAUCAACGAAAAUAACCAGCACUUGGUGAGCGAGGAGUUCCUAGACUUCAUCGACAAGCUCUUGCGCUACGACCACCAGGAGAGGCUCACAGCCAAGGAGGCCAUGGAGCACCCAUGGUUUGAUCCCGUCAGGCACUGA